AUGGAGUGGAUUUCUUGGGAUGAUGGGAUGGCAACUCCAAGAACGACGCACGCAGCAGCAGUCACUGGCAGGCUGCAGCACCUGCCAACCAGCACCGGCAAAGUUGCAACAUUGGAAUUGGAAGGAAAGCCCAACGAGCGGGUGGUUGGAACUUGCCUUGCAGAAGGAGAGAAAAAAACAAAAAGUGGAUUUGACGUGACUGGAGUGGGGCCAUCAAACCAGGACCAGGCAGGAAGGACACGACCCCAUUUGAUUGCGACCAGGGCCAGGAAGGAACCAGGACGGGGGUGGGUGGUUCUUGCUUCUGCUGUGUACUAUGUAGAUACUGCGAACAGUCCAAAAUCCACGCACACUCUCUCCUCACCUCAGCUCACCUCGAUCACGUUCUCUGGGCUCUUUCUUCGCUCUAAAACAACAGGCCAUCGCAUCUUUCAUCCGAUUGGACGUGCCAAUGCCAAUGCUCUUCUCUUCAACAUGACCCGGUGGAUCAUCCUCACCCAUGUUGUGCGUUGCGUCCGCGUGCGAGCUUGCGAAUGGCCCGCCAGAGACAAACUCGGUGCUGGUGGCGGUCGAUGGAACACGCUCAGCGACAAACCACAACCCUCUCGAUAUACCAUCACCACGCACAUGGUACCCAAGCAUGUGUGUAACGACGUUGCAACUUUACCGUUGCAUUCGCAUCCAAUCCGGAUCAGUGGACGGCCGGCCGGCCAUGAGCCCUGCGAUUGGGAUAGCAGCAAAGAGCGAAACUCCGUAUACACAGCAGAUAUACCGGCUAUGCCACUUGUGUCCAACCGCAUAACAAGCCCUUUCUCACGACGACACAACUUGCAUAAAGAUAACCAAGUGCAACAAGCGGAAGUUAAUACUUCGUUCUUCAGUCAGCACCAAAAGGACCCUUUCGUCUUUUCGCCCUGCCUAUACAAUGCUCGCCGACCCUUCGCCGUCCUCGCCAUCUUGGACCUGGUUUCCCUGACUCUUCAAGCUGCCCUACGGCAGGGGACAGAAUGGCCCAAGGAGUCCCGCUUCGCGCGCGCCCGGCGCAUCCAUCCCGAGCUCGGCCUGAUGGGUCUCGACGAACAUCCAAAUCAAACGCAGCAUGCGGACGGACCGACAGAAGUGCCCGAGAACGAACCAACGAUGCGGCUGUGUGAGUGGAUGAGCAGACGCGGCGUCCGUCAAUCUCAAUCUUGCGUUCCUCCCGCCGCCGUGCAUCGCGGCGGCAGCCACAUGCUUAUCACCGCCGCCAACUCCAUCCUUCUUCUUCUUCAUGAUCUUUUGUUCUCCAUCUACGCAGUAUGGCUCCAGAAAGCACCGACCAGCAAGCGCUUGACUUCUUUUGUCUCUAUGCUCGUUGAUAGACAUGCGUACCCGGGAGGCAUGAUGCCUGCAUUCCUUGCCGUAGCCCGACAUCUUCUCAGCUGCCUUCAGCGGCUGUCUCUGUCUCUCACUCAAAUUCUCUCCCUUUCCCCCUCACCCAAGGCCUUCAAGCUCUCCACAAAAACCCCCCAACUCCGAUACCCCAAACCCCCGGGUACAACAUCAGCUGAAGUCAAGCGCUGGAACAGCGACAGAGUUCUCCCCCACAGCGAUGAUCUCGUCGCUAAAAUACCAGACACAAGCAAGGGUGGGCGCCUCCACGGAUCCAAUUUACACUGCCAACUUUGGAACAUGCUAUUUUGCUUUACCGCCCGCCCUCGCUGUCACCCAUUCGCUCAUUCAAUCGUGAAUACGAUGUCGGAGAUGCGCGCUGCAGCGUCAUGUUUGAGCCUUGACUGCAGUCCAAUUCCCGCGGCUCCGGGGAAUCCAAAAGCUUUAACGUGGUUGGACAUUUCGACGUCUAAAUCAACCCCUUCAAUCUUAAACCUCCACAUUGACAUUUGUUUUGCGGACAUUUCACACUCGCUUGUUCUUACGUGCAAGGCGGCCACGUUUCGUCCGUCUUAUCCUGCCUCUCGGUCUCUGGGGCCAUUGUUGCUUCUAUCUCACAAGCAUUCGGUUCUUCUCGCAUCCUUCUGGCCGGUUGCUACCGUCUCCUCGUCUUAUCCUCAUCCGGCAUUGAAGUCCUGCUUGUUCUCUGGUUACGAGUUGGCUCUCAGUCACCUCUCACAGGCUAUUCCUCAACAAUAUUCCGUGGACAUGGCGCCUGGAUAUCCCAUUGUUUGCCGGGCUGUCAGCGACUGCUCUCAUCUUGCCCCGGACUUCGAAUACGUACCUUUUUACUCGCACCGCUUUCCGGCCUGUUUUUCGUAUCUCUUGCUUGGUGUCGUUGCCCGCCCAAACGGGCUGACGCUGAUAGACAAGUACGGUCCCGGAGCGGGUUACCUGGAGGCCAGAGCCCGCUGGCACGCCGAGUCAUUUCUGGCCACGUCCAUCUGCAUAGGCAUUCAGUCCAGCAGCCGGAUCGCGUCCGUCGUUGUUCUCGUCAUGGAACUGUUCCUCUCCCACGUUCUCACCCGCACUCACACCCACCAAACACACCAGUUCAAACUCACCAUACACGCACUCGCCUGGCGCGCCGAUAACAGCAUAGCACCGCGACAAAAUGCGUCCGCCGCAUCAGGUUACACCCUCAACGCUCUCCCUGACUACCGUACCUUACCCUCUUGCUGCAAAGGGAUAUGUCCCCUUUUGCUCGGCAGGAGCACCGGCGCCAAACACAUGCGGCAGUGCUUUACCGACUUGGUCGCGCUGUUUUGGCUCUUGGGCCGCUUUCUGUUAAUUGUGUGUGUGCCUGCCACUGUCACCCUCCGAGUUGCUCUGCCUUGGACACACACGCUUGUCAUCCUGGUCUUCAACACAUCCCAUCAUCCUGGCUUCUAUCAGCACCAGCAAGUUGUAGAGAAACCGCAAUGGUCGCAUGCAUCCAAACAACCGGAGCCGCAGGGGUGGCGGGCAAGCUUCCAAGUUCUACCUUCUGGUACCAUGGUUAUCUCGAAACAUCAGCCUAGAUGCGCCACCUGGGCAAAGAGGCAGAAUAUUACGGCACUUGUUUUCCAGAACCCCGCCACAAGCAGUAGACGGGUGGCUAGGGGACGAUGGAAUAGGUGUGCCACGAUAUUCCCCGCCGCUCAUUCAUCCCACCACCCCCGGAACGCCGAAAACCUUCAAGUUCAAGCCCGCCUGAAAGCUUCCCGAUCGGAGACCGGGGCCCCAUAUUCACAAACCUCGCCGACUUUCGGCAAGAGCUCAAUCAUAUGCGCUGCCCAGACUGCCUUAGAAGCUACAACUUGUUCUGACAAGGCUCACCUGCGUCGCAUCAUGAUAUUGAUAGUCGGGCACACCAUGCGGCGAGAAUUCAUCAUGUUAGUCCGACAUCCCCAUGACAAAGCGUGGGUACGAUUUACCACCACACGACGAGCUUCGACUUCGUAUCACCAACCUCGUGGUUUACAUCUGCAUCUGCAUCUGCAUCUGAUAAACAAGGCCUCCCGGAAGACAGAGGGGACCAAUCCUGCCGUAGAUGCCACGCCAUUUCGGCACGAAUCGGGCCUCAUGCCGCAAAAUCGCUGGCACAGAGGGUCGCAAAUCCGCGGCAUAGUUUCUUGCACGAUAUUUCUGCUCAUGACUUCACUUUUGCUUGGAAGAUGCGAGAAGCUUGGGCCGAAUCGCUUCCGCAGACAGAGCCAUCUACUCCGGCCCCCGGGGGAGGAUCUCGAAGAAAUAAAUAAUCCAAAAUCCAAAAUCCAAAAUCCAAAAAGUCAAUUCAACCAUCUCCAAUGGAUGCGGAGUCGGCUGCGGGGCAAAAGCGGCAGCGAGCAGGCUACUGUCUGCGGUAAGCAAGAAACAAGAUUUGGUUUCCAAAGGCCCGAUAGGUGCGGCGUUUUCUCCGUACAAGGAACAAGUCCUUCGCACUAUCCAAACACCUGCAGCAUUGAAACGAAUGGCGGCAGCGCGAAGAAGAUCGCAGACACAUUCGCACUAAUGGACCCCGGAGUCUCAGUGUCCCGAGUGCUGGUCUCCUCUUGGGUUUUCUUGGCUCUUCUGCAAAUCGGUGCAACCCGCCAAGCGAGACGCCGUUCGCCGUUCAUAUCGGAACCUACCCUCUCGCGCGCGAUUGGCGAAUGGCCUUUUUUUCCUAAUGAUGUGAACGACGAGCGGUUCCCUCCUCCCUUCUCUGUGGUGGAGGUGCUGGAUGGGGGUUGGAUGCCGGAAAGAUUGGGGGGAUACGAGGCGCGAUUCGGAUCACAUGAAGCCGUCGGGGGCGGGAUUGAGAGCUGGGAGCAUACGGGCGGUUCACCCAGAAAAGUCAUCUCAUCUUUUUUUUGUAUUUGUUUCCACGGGCGGCAAAAGGCCUCGGGAAUCAGAUGUUUCUGGGGGAAGCAGACUUUGACUCUCACAUGUAGAAGGGGAAUACUCACGGAAAGGGACGGCGUCGGCGUCGGCGGCGAUUUCAGGAGCUUCUUGUCUAACAUCUGCUUCUCGCUUUUUUACUCCACACUCCAACUGUACACUUUUUUGGCUACAACUUUUCCCAAGCUCCUCUCCCAGUCGUCCCCCCUCUAUCCACGGGGACUAGUGAAGCAGGCCAUGAACACGGACCAAGAUACGCGAUGCCGGGCUUUCCAGUUGGACCUGUACGGGGCCAUAGCUGUGCUUCUACAGUAG